GAAAAAACAUCACAACGGUGCAGAAUCGCCUGCCAAAUUGACCCUGUCAUUGCGACAUAGUCGAGAAUCGCCGUGCCGCCAAAUUUUCGCAUAUAACUAUUUAUUGACAUACACACAGAAGGCACUUCGAUUCUAUCUCGUUUCUGGAAAUUAUUACGUAUCAAACUAUUUGUGGUUGAAUAUUUGUUUUCAUGGACUUCUUCAAAGCAGUAUUCUCCGAGGAACCGGAAAACUCCGAUUCCGAUUCAGAAAAUCCCCCUUCUCCUUCAAAUUCACAAUCUUCCCCUGGAGCUCCGGAUACUAAUCCGAAUAUCCCUGCCAUCGCUAACGCCUGGACGUUCGGGUCGGGUUUAUUGAAAACCCUAGCUUCAAAGUCGGAAUCCGUGAUUCAGAACUACCGUCGUGAUCUGGAGGAGUUCAGCUCUGGUCUCAAGACGGAGACUGCUACGAUUCGAGAAGCUGCCAGCCGUGUCGUCAAGGACUUGCCGGCUCGGCUCGAGACAGGUGCCGCCGUGGCUCAGGAGUCGCUCGAAACUGUCGGCCAAGCUAUCGGCAACAUCGGCUCCACCGUGACGGAUAUUAUUGUUCACGGUAAGGAGUCUAUCCUUGCUGAUGAUGAUUCUGGCAGUGAAGUGUCUGAUUUUAACAGUAGGUAUUAUCAGGGUGGUGAUAUUAACCUACAAAAUUUGAAACCCUAUAGUAGAAUUGAUGCUGCAAUUCGAGCAAUACAAUGUGAUGCUAAAACAUAUUGUGAGGAGCCCGAGGAAUCAGAGGAUUAUAGAGAAUGGAAAUUGGGAUUUGUUUUUGAGGAAAAACUUGAAGAGAUUGGAGACUUGGUUGAGGGAAAUAUAGUGAUUGCUGAAAUUUAUAGUGAGAUUGUGCCUAGAAGGGUUGACAGAGAGACAUUUUGGAGUCGUUAUUUCUACAAGGUUUAUUGUGUUAAGAGGGCAGAGGAGGCCAGAGCUAGACUCGUAGAAAGGGCAAUUUCAGGGGAGGAAGAAUUGAGUUGGGAUGUGGAUGAUGGGGAGGAGGAGAACAAUAAAAAUGGAGCUAAUUCUGACAUUAAAAAAGAGAUAGAAGAGAGUGAAAGUAAAGUAAGGAAGUUACAGGUUGAAGUUGAACAACACACUUUGGAAAGAAGAAAGGAUGACAAAAUAGAUACUGGCGAAGAUGAGAAAGGGGUUUCAGAAGGACGAUUUGAUGAUGGUGAGUCAAGUGGACAAAAGUUUGAGGCAAAAUCUGAAGAUAAAGGGUGCUCAGAAGGAAAGAAUGGUAAUAGUGAUUUUUCUGUUCCUUCUUCUCAUGGGGAAGAGGACCUUGGGUGGGAUGAAAUUGAAGAUAUCAGCAGUGGAGAUGAGACCAAGGUUGCUGCACGAGUGAGCCCAAACAAAGCAGAUCUGCUGAAACGCCUAAGUAUGCCUGAUGAAGAGGAAGAUCUUACCUGGGAUAUUGAGGAUGAUGAUGAGCCUAUAAAAUCUUGAUUUUUGGCUCUAUGGUACUUGGUUUCAACUGCUUCUUUAUAUUUACAUAUUCAACCUGCAGAAUAUUUUAUAAUGUGUGAUGGUGAUGCUGUCUUUCCAGUUUGUUUUGCAAUAAAGCUGUGUAUAUAUGUAUAUAUAAAUUUUCUUUUAUAAUUCAAAACAAAAUCAUAUAGUUUACUGGAAGUCAGUGGUGUCUACUCUGUUAUUGGCAUUAUACUCGAAACUAUAGUUGCCGAACUGUCAUUCCCAGUAUGAUAUACCAUGAACUUUUUAACUUA